GAAGCGAAGCAACAGUACUACAGUACUCACUCACUAGUCACUAGUCAGUACGGGUGUCUGUGGGGACAUAUGUAAGACCUGUGGUAUAGGAAUGGAACCUUGGAUGCAGUUGAGUGAGAGUAGUGACCAUGACAGACAGAAGGAAAAAUAAAGUCGUUUCCCCACAUAUUGCAGCACUUGUCGCUAAGCAAAGGAUCCUUUAUCAACACCAGUCAUUUCUCGAAUCGUGCAUAAGAUCUAUUAGAGAUGCAAAACACAGAGUUGAGCUGGAGCAAUUACAGUUAGAACACUUAAUACAUGGGCUUGAAAAUGAAAGUGAACCAGAUGAUAAGCAUUAUGAUUCAGAUGAAAACUUAUCGGAUAUGGAGACUGGCCAGGAAAAAGACAUUUAUGAGGGUCUUGAUUUGAAUGACCCGUUCUGUGUUAAUCUGCAGCCAGUUGAGUGGGAUCUGACUCCUGUAACUGUUACAGAUGAAGCAGUAAAUAUUGAUGCAGAUGCCAAUACGAGGGACCUGCUGCAACUCUGAUGUGUUUGGAAGGCUAUACUUUGACAACUGAAGGAAGGGAAUGUCAGAAAUUUUCUGAUGCACAUGCUAUGAAGAACAGAGUCAGGUUUUUGUAUAGAGUGACUGUAGCUGACCACAUUCAGUGCAAAAUAAUUUCCAAAGAUAAACACAUUAUUUAAAGCUAAGUUUGUUUCUAAAUUUGUAUUGUACUUUAUUGUAUUGUAUUGUAUUGUUCAUUAAAGAAAUAAAUGAAGUUAAAUGCAUAUACUGAAA